CACAUGUAAUACAUAAACUUGCUUUCUAUUACAUAUAUCUCUUUUCUUUUCUUCCAGGUCUACCAAAAGCAGCUGUAAUCAGUCAGCUGCAGGCUUUAAAGGGUUCUGCUGGCUUGUGGGCUUUCGGUUGUACUGCUAAUGACAUCAUUUAUAUAACUCUUCCUCUGUAUCAUAGUUCAGGAGCUCUUCUGGGAAUUGGUGGAUGUAUUGAGUUGGGAGCUACUUGUGUGUUAAAGAAGAAAUUCUCAGCAAGUCAGUUUUGGAAUGACUGCAGAAAGUAUAAUGUGACUGUGUUUCAGUAUAUCGGAGAACUUUGUCGCUAUCUUUGCAAACAACCGAAGAGAGAAGGAGAAAAGGAUCAUCAAGUGCGUUUAGCAGUUGGAAAUGGUAUACGGAGUGAUGUAUGGAGGGAAUUUUUAGACAGAUUUGGAAAUAUUAAAAUGUGUGAGCUUUAUGGAGCUACUGAAGGAAACAUUUGCUUCAUGAAUCACACUGGGAAAAUAGGAUCCGUUGGGAGAACAAAUUUCUUUUACAAACUUCUUUUCACUUUUGACUUGGUGAAGUAUGAUUUUCAGAAAGAUGAACCCAUUAGAAACGAACAGGGCUGGUGUCUUCAUGUGAAGAAAGGAGAACCUGGGCUGCUCAUUUCUCGAGUGAAUGAGAAGAAUCCCUUCUUUGGUUACGCCGGGAGUAAGAAGCACACAGAAAAGAAACUGCUUUGUGAUGUUUUUAAGAAGGGAGAUGUUUACUUUAACACAGGAGACUUAAUGGUGCAAGAUCAGGACAAUUUCCUCUAUUUUUGGGACCGUAUUGGUGACACUUUCAGGUGGAAAGGAGAAAAUGUUGCCACCACAGAGGUUGCUGAUGUUAUUGGAAUGUUGGAUUUCAUACAGGAGACAAACGCCUACGGGGUGACAGUGCGAGAUUAUGAAGGAAAAGCAGGAAUGGCUUCUAUUAUUUUAAAACCAAAUAAGUCUUUGGACUUGGAGAAAGUUUACGAACAGGUUGUAACAUUUCUACCAGCUUAUGCCUGCCCACGAUUUUUAAGAAUUCAGGAGAAGAUGGAAACAACAGGGACAUUCAAACUACAGAAGUUUCAAUUGGUGGAAGAAGGAUUUAACCCAUUGAAAAUUUCUGACCCACUUUACUUCAUGGAUAACUUGAAAAAAUCUUUUGUUCCACUAACCAAAGAACUUUAUAAUCAAAUAAUGUUAGGGGAGGUCAAACUUUAA